GCAAUUCAGUCGUUUUUUUCUGAAAUUAUCUAACACGUGCAUUAUACAAGAUUGUUUGCUUUUUUGCCAGAAACAGUUCUCUUUAAUUGGCUCAAAAUAAUCGGUUAAGGCAACCUUGGCACCAGUUUCACAAAAUUCCGGUACCAUGAGUGUAGUGUUGUGUGAAAACAAAAACAAUAUGAUUCUAACAUACAAAUUCGAGUCAAAAAUUCUCGUUGAAGACCGGAGAACGACUAGCAAAAAUGUGAAAGAAAUACAGCAGUGGUUGACAACCACCUGUGUACCUAAUUUACAAAUCGAAACGAUAGCCUUGUUUCUCAUCGCCUGCGACAACGAUAUUUCUGCUACUCAAACGACAAUUAAAAAUUUCUUUAGAAUCAAAAGCGAAGCGCCGGAGAUAUUUAGCAACAGGGAUAUAGAUAGUGUUAUUUUGACAAAAACCAGACAAGUGUUAUUUGCUUGCAGUCUUCCUAAACGUCUGCAAAACACUGUGAUCCAUUGCUAUAAAUUAAGCGAAACCGAUCAUCGAAAUUUCGUUUUCUCUGACAUUUUCAAAUUAGGAGUUAUGAUAGUGGACGUGAGUCAGAGAUACGAUCCACCAGAUGACUUAAUUGCGAUAAUUGAUAUGGAAGGGUUAAGCUUAAUGCAUCUGACUCGUUUAAAACCACACAUCGUAAAAAGUUUUGUGGACUUUUUACAAGAUGGAAUGACGCUGAAAAUAAAAAAUAUUCAUGUUUUAAAUACCCACUAUGUAGCUAAGAAGUUUGUUGCAGUUCUUAAAUUAUUUAUGAAGAAGGCAUUAGCUGAUACGUUAAUAGUACAUCCUGUUGGUAUGAAGAUGGAAGAGUUUUAUGAGAAAUAUGUACCAGCUUCUCAUUUACCUCAGGAGUAUGGAGGGGAGUUACUAAGCUUCUCAAUGUUACAAGAAAUUUCGAUUCAGCAGCUGCGGGAACUAAAGCCCUUUUUUGAAGCUGAAGACAAACUUAUUAUUGAUUAUAAGUCUGCUAAGAGUCAGAUAGACAAGUGAAUUGUUAAUGUGUUAUAAAGUAUUAAUUUGAUUACUGUGCCCUUUUUACUUCGGUGAUCUGCAAUGUUAGUCUUUUGUGGUAACAUUUGCCUUGCGUACAUACAUAUGUUGUUAUGGUUUUUUCUUUCUUUUCGUCUAGGACGAUUCACGAGUCAACCCGACUAGAAUAUUCUUUCAUUUAUACAUUUUUGUAAAUACUUAUAUCGUUUGUCCAGUGUCUAUAUAAUGGAACCACGUGUAGUGAAAGCCAAAUUUAAGGACACUAUUAUAAAAAAGACGGCCUUGACUAGGUUACCGUCGCCGGCAUUUUAAUUUUAAUCGUUAAAAAAGCAAUUACACUUAUCAUUAUUUAUUUUUUGGUGGCGA